UAGGAUUCCACUGAAUUAUCUGAGGCAGCAAAUUUUUGAAUAUUUUAGAACCGAAAAAGACAUAAUUAUUAUGUGUAUUUGCAAGGGAUGUAAUUACCAUUUAUAAACUUAAUCAUGUUGCAAUAUUUCUGUGUUGCAGAACUUGGAGUGAAUAAAAAGCAAUGUUGCGACUGUGGCCAUUACGUCAAGUUGCUAAAGUUCAAAAUGUUUUAGGGGGGUUAACACAGAUAGGUAAGAUUUUUAAAUUUAAAGAUAAGUGCUGAGAAAUGAUGAGUUAAUCUCUUAGCUACAUAUACGUGGAAAAUCUAACAUUAAAUAUUGAAGAUCAAUUUCAUUUUCAUGAAACUUUCAAGAAAAGGAAUGUCAUAAACAGAAAUAAACUCAUCUAAGAGAUGGCAAACCAGAGUUGGAGUCCAAAAGGUGGAUAACAUGAUGUUCCUUUAUUUUAUCUGGGUGCAUGGAGAGACACGAUUUGCUGUUAAGAGAAUCAGCUUACUCUCCCAAAGAGAAAUCCUAGGCCUUGUGAUUUGGUCCGGUGAAAUCUACACCAUCGUCACAUUAUAUCGGAUGGAUGCCAGCAAACAAACAGAAAUAGUAAAGUCAAAUUGAAGAAUUUCUGUUGCCAACUAUUACAUAAAACCCCACUAAAAAGUUUCUUUUGCAAGUUUUGAGCUUAUUAUAUACUCUUUCAGUUCAUGGACAAAGUGCAAUGAUUGUACAACUUUAUGAAUUUAUAUGAUAACUGUCUUUUGUAGAUAUAAUAAUAUAGCUGCUUCAUGAUGGAAACAGUUUUAAAUUGUGUCUGGUUUUUCAUUUUUGCUCUUAAUUUACGGGUAUUCCAUUUCAGCAACAAAAUCAUCUCAGCCAGUGCCUGCCCCAGAACUUGUGGAAGUAUUUAUUGAUGAUAAACAAAUUUUUGUAGAACCAGGAACAACUGUGUUGCAAGUAAGUGCUAGCAAUAUUUUGAGGCACAGUAAUGCCCCGGAUUACGAUUGGAAAACAAGAACAUUUUAAAAAUAAAUAUUUAAUUGAUAAAUGAGUCAUAACUUGCAAUAUGAGAAAUAAUUCUUCAUGUCCACUUUGUGUACCUAAUGUCACAUGAUCACAACUGAGCCAAUGGUCUCUUGCUGCGGGAUUGCCUGUAGUAGUGCAAGCAAUGAAUCUGUUCAACAACAAUGCAAUAUCUCAUUUCCAUAAAUACCUUAAAUUGAAGCAAAGACAAGUUUCUUUGUAUUAUAAUAGGUUCCUUGAAAUGAAGUCACAAAAAGAAAAAAAAUAUUCCGUUACGCCAACAGCCAGCAGUGAUUCCUUUAGUGACAGAUAGCCUUAUUACAAAUUAUCCCGCUCCUCUCUUUCUUCUCCCAUACACCAGCAACAAAUAAAUGUAAUUAGAAAUUUGAAUACUGGUACUGUACUUAACAGUAAAUUUAAAAAUAACAAUUUAUUUUUUAAUAUUGAUUUUUAAAUGAAUAUUUUGGGCUUCGUAAUGAAUUAUCUGAGUUUCCAUUAUUUCUAAUGUGGAGAUUUGCUUUGAUAAUCAAUUUCUUUGGAUUACAAACAUGUUUCCUAAAGGAAUGAUGCAUAUAAAUAUAAUAUGAGGUUCUACUGUACCUGAAUAAGCUAUUGCUUGUACAUUAAGACACAUGUAUGUUGCUUUAAGAAAUAAUUGAAAUAGUAAUUGUUUUUAAAAUGCCAUCUUGUUACCAUCAAUAUAAAUAUUGUACAAAUAAUUUUAUUGCAAAUAAGAAUAGACAAAAAACCGAGAUCAUGUUUCUAGACCUAUUUCAAUGUAAUUGUGACUUUCAAUAAUUUUUUAAUUACGAAGGCAUGUGCUGUUGCGGGUGUGGAAAUUCCAAGGUUCUGCUAUCAUGAUCGUUUGUCCAUAGCAGGCAACUGCAGGAUGUGUCUUGUUGAAGUAGAAAGGUCUGCCAAGGUGUGCCCACGUUUUCUUAUUUGCUAUAUAUUUCAUUAACUUUGGAAAAAAAAAAAAAAGAAAGAUCAAUAAUAUUGAAGAUAAUCAGAGAACAUUUGCAACGCUUAAAUUGUCAAUAAAUACUAAUAGCAGGCAACUACAGGAUGUGUCUUGGUGAAGUAGAAAGGUCUGCCAAGGUGUGCCCACGUUUUCUUAUUUGCUAUAUAUUUCAUUAACUUUGGAAAAAAAAAAAAAAAGAAAGAUCAAUAAUAUUGAAGAUAAUCAGAGAACAUUUGCAACGCUUAAAUUGUCAAUAAAUACUAUAAAUUAUAAAUAUAUUUAAAUUGUGUGUCAAUCUUGUUUUAACUGAUCCUUUGUUUAUGUAUAUUUUAUCUAGUUCGAGGUCUGCACCUGUUGUCACAAACAUUCUCCAUUGGCUUUCACUGAUCUAUUUUAUUCCCUCAACUUUUUUAAGAAGGCCCAAAAUGGCAAAUUAAAAAGAUAUAUAUAUAACUGUAUCAGCUUGCCAUAAUAUGCACAUUUUAUAAAUAAUGCAUGUGUUUAAAUUUAAAAAUCAGCAUAAAAAAUUAAAUGAGUUAUAAAGAUCAUAAAAAAAUUGAAUAACUCAUAAAUCAAAUGAUUAUACCAAAAUGACCCUGUAAAAUAUAAUUUGGUGUAUACAUUUUUAUUUAUUUGUAUAUGUAGAGCAUCUCUCUCUCUCUCUCUUUUUUACUUGAGAUUUUUUUCUAUUGUUCAAAAGCCUGUUGCAUCAUGUGCAAUGCCAGUAAUCAAGGGAAUGAAAGUGAAAACAGAUUCACCAAUGACAAGAAAAGCAAGGUUUGCAUUAUUUUAUUUACUUUGGCAUUGAAUAACUUUAGGAUAUAAUUUUUUUAUUAAGUGUCACAUUUGUUUCAAUUCAACAUUGCCAAUUUAGUGAAACUGUUUGAAUAAAACAAAAAAAAAAAAAAAAAAAAAAAAAAAAAAAAAAAAAAAAAAAAAAAAAAAAAAAAAAAAAAAAAAAAAAAAAAAAAAAAAAAAAAAAAAAAAAAAGCCAGCCAGUGUAAAACUGAAACAAUUCUAACAGCAGUUAUAUGAUUUUACUACAAUUUUUCUUAUACAUUUUUGUUUUAUUAUAGAAAUUCCACUAAAAAUAAUUGCCCCUGUUUUUGUAUUACCAGGGAAGGUGUUAUGGAAUUUUUGCUGGUCAACCACCCGUUAGAUUGUCCUAUCUGUGAUCAAGGUGGCGAAUGUGAUUUGCAGGUAAAGUAAUUAUAUUUGAAAACUUAUUAUCUAUAAACUUAAUACAAGCUUAGAGCACACAAUAUUGUGCUGUGAUUAGAAAACUCAAAGUAAUUUUAUUUGUAUUUUUUAAAAUGUACCGGUACACAUUUUUCUUUUAGGACCAGUCUAUGGCUUUUGGCAGUGAUAGAAGUCGCUUUACUGACAAUGCUUUUACUGGGAAACGAGCAGUUGAAGACAAGAACAUUGGCCCUCUUAUCAAGACUAUUAUGACCAGAUGCAUUCACUGUACAAGAUGUAUAAGGUCAUCUUUAAUUUACUAUAAUAUUUAAUGAUGCCUGUGAAUAUUAAUUAGCUUAAUAAUUUUAAUUUAACAAAUCAGUUCAGAUUUAAAAUCAUUCAUUGUGUUUGUAAAUCUUAUUUAUAAGUGUUUUAAAAAAAGUUAAAUAAAAUAAAUAAUUGUUUUUUAAAGUAUUGAGGCAUUCAAGCUAGUAAAUCUGGACUGAAAAUUGUUAAAAGUAAAAAAAAUAAUUUGUAAAAAAAAAAUAAAUAAAUUUGUAAAUAAAAAAUCAUUAAUUUAUUGAAUCUACCAGCACUAACCCUUUACACACAUACAUUCUUAGAUGUCUAUAUUUUAUUUGUCUUUGAUAAAAAAAAUUGAUAGAAGAUCACAUUCCAGUUUAAAAGCAAAUUAUAUAGACUUUUUUUUUCUGUUUCCUCCCAGGUUUGCUAGUGAGAUUGCAGGUGUAGAUGACCUAGGUACAAGUGGACGAGGUACAGAAAUGCAGGUUGGCACUUAUGUAGAGAAGAUGUUCAAAUCUGAACUCUCAGGGAAUGUCAUUGAUCUUUGCCCUGUUGGAGCUUUGACUUCAAAACCAUACGCUUUCACAGCCAGGCCAUGGGAGAUAAGGUAUGCAGUUGAGAACAUGCAACAUGUAUACUCAUUUUGGUUGUUAUAUUAUAAGAUUUUUAAACGUAUGCUUUUAGUGAUUUCAAAUUUCAGUAGGUAAGUGCUGAUUUGGAAAUGUUAGAACUUCUUUUUUGAAUGAACGUAAUGUCAAUGGCCAGGUACUGUAUAUAGUUAAUUUAAAUGUUACACUAUAACUAUUUAAUUAUAGUGAUUAGCCUCAUAGAUAUGAAAAUCUAUGAAUGAACUUGUCUGGUUUCACCAGGAAAAUUGAGAGCAUUGAUGUGAUGGAUGCUGUGGGCAGCAACAUUGUUGUCAGUAUGAGGACUAAUGAGGUCAUGCGAAUUUUGCCCAGAUUAAAUGAGGUUUGGAAAUAGACUAUACAUUUACAUUGUUAGUUAAUAUUUACUUUAUUCUUCAGUGAUAAAUGUAGAUUUUUAAUAGUAAUUUUAAAGUUAGUUUUAAAUUGAAGUGAUUUUUUUGUUCAUUUGGGUUUCACUGUAACAUGAAGGUUGGACACUUGCAUUUCAAAUGGUUGAAAUAAUUUUGUUGCAUUUAAUUAAUAUUUUAUAAGUUAGAUCUUGAAAUUAUUUUUCAUUCAAAGAAAAUGCCAUAAUAUUUUUUGGACCAAGACAUGUGAUAAAUUUACUAUCCAUUGGUAUAUUUUUACACUCGAGUCCUACAGCAAUUCAGGGAAAUCUGGGAGCGAGCAAUCCAAGUAAAGCUCUCUCUUCGUUCCACCCCAAACAAUUAUUAUUUUUUAAUUUCUUUCUAACACUGUAAUUUUUGUAAUUUUAAAGAAUUUCUUUUUGGUUUGUGUCUUAUUUUUUAAACCCAAAGUUUACAUUUAAGUGAUAUGUGAAACUUCUUAGGGUCAAAUAUUAUCAUCUAAUUAUGUAAAGUAAUUUUUAGACUCUUUGGUUGAAUAAAAUAUUUCAAUCCAUAUUUUUUUUUUUGAGCUGCAGUCUUUCAUAGCUAUUUUAAAAAUUGCUAAAUAGCAUAUAAUAACAGUGAAGUACCAAUUACCAAUUAUAAUGCUGCUUGGUGAAAGCCUAUAACUUAUGAUCUUAGAACUGAAAAAAAAAAUCAGCUUGUAAUCUCAAUAAUAUUUGUAAGUUAAUAUCUAUUAUAGCAAAGAAAUGAUUUCACUCAAUGAAGCAACUUGUAUAUUGUUUCUUUUUUCCUUAAGGAAAUUAACGAAGAAUGGAUUUCUGACAAAACACGUUUUGCAUAUGAUGGACUGAAGAGACAAAGACUGACCACACCAUUCAUUAGAGUGAAUGACGAACUGGUGCCUACAGACUGGGAAACCGCAUUUGUUAAGAUCGCUGAAAAAGUAAGGAUUUUUUUUAAUGCCUCAACACUCCACUUGAUGAAUGCUUAUUUAACCUGUUUUAUAGAACUAGUAAAAAAAAUAUUGCACCUUGUUAAAUGCAUUGUUUAGUUUUUAAAUACCUAACACAAAACUCAUAAUUACAAUGUUUAAUACCUGUUUUAUCUAAUAUUUAUGGCCUGAAUGUACUUUUAGGUCAAGUCCACAGAACACGCAUCAAUAGCUGGAGUUGCUGGAAAGUUUGCUGAUGCAGAAGCAAUGGUUUGUUUGAAGGACAUGAUCAACAGGCUUGGCGGAGAGAUCCUCUGCACUGAGGAAUCUUUUCCAAUGACCACUUCAGGGCAAGUUUUUGGUUUAAUUUUGUUUUGUAAUAAACCUAUUUUGGGGACUGCCAUAUUUUAAACCAUCUUGAAAUAAGCUUGUGGACAAUAAGUGCUUUUUUAAAAUGCACAUUUGUUUUAAACAAUCUCAGUCUGGAAGAGAAAAUGUUUCUAAAAUGAUUCUGUCAAGUUAAUGAAAUAAAAAUUGUUUUUCAUUUUAAAGUAAUAUAAUCCACAAAACAGGAUUGACUUUAGAUCGAACUAUAUCCUGAACUCAAAGAUUGCUGGAAUUGAACAGUCUGACUUGAUUCUUUUAAUUGGCACAAACCCCAGACUGGAGGCCCCUUUGGUGAAUGCCAGGAUCAGAAAAACGUAAGUGCUGAUACAGAUGUCAAUAUGGACAUUAAAAAAUAAUUUAAGUUUGCCAACGUUUGUAUAAUUGUUAAGUUUAAAAUCAAGAGCUGAAGUACAGUUUAAAGAGCUGAGUUUAAAAAAAAAAAUGAGAUUUGUUUUUGAACUUAUUAAUAUUUUAUUAAAAAUAUUUGAACUGUGUUCAAAAGUCCAUUGGUAGUAUUUGUGCAUUGUUCUAAUCAGAGGAACAUGUUAGCGAAGUUAAGUCAAAAAGCUUUUAAAGCAGGGUGUCCUUAGAAGUGUUAAUGUAUGUGUUUCUUUCGUGUUUCAGUUGGGUACACAAUGAAGUGUGUGUUGCUUUACUUGGUGCCCCAGUGGAUUUAUCAUAUGACUAUCAAGUAAAUUACCACACUAUUUACAAUAAAAAAAUGUUUCCAUAUUAAAAAAAACCAUUGCAUUAUCUUUAUAAAUAUUAUUUACAGUUAGUUUUCAAAAUUAACUUUUCAUGUUUAGGUUGUUGGAGAAAAAGAUUUCUGAUUCUCUAGACAAAAAUACACCAAAAACUCUGUAUUUGAAAUAUCUACUAAUUUAUCAAAAUCUAACAUCUUAAAAAUUAAACUUUUUUUUUUAUUCUUCCCCAAAUAUUCAUCUUAUGUAUAAUUAUAAUAUUAUUAUGUUGUUUUUUUUGGCAUUGUUUGUAGAUGUUGAGCUUAAAAAAAUUGUUUCAGAUGCCUAUCUGAUUCUUUCAUCAGGUAUUUGUUUGUUUUCCUAAAGUUAUAGUAUGUAAUAUUUCAGUUUUGCAAUGUUAUUUCCAUCUGCUAUUGGUAAAUAUAAUUAUUUUAACAGUAUCUUGGUGACAGUUACACAGUUCUGAAAGAUCUCACUACAGGAAAACACCCACUCUGCCAGGUUAGUAUUUAAACCCUUUAAAAAAACAACUAAAGAAAUUAAAUUUGAACCUUUUUGAUUGAGAGGGAAUGGCAUAUAUUCUCAUCUCAUUAAAAUUUAUUUUAAUCAUAUCCAUUUAUUGUCAUGGUUAAACGCCUUAACCAUUAAAAAAAAAAUCAAAUCUCAUAUUGCUUUUGAUUCAUCUGAAAAAUCUUUUAUAUGUGCCUGGAUUUUUAAUAUUGAAAUGUGUAGCUAUCAAAAAUUUUCUAAAACUUUUACAGGCUUUGUCAAAGGCUAAGAAGCCUUUAAUUAUUCUUGGCACAGACUGUCUGCAACGUGAUGAUAGUCACAUUAUUCUUAAUGCUGUCAGGGAAUUAUCUGAGAAUGUUAAAAAGACCUGUUCAAAUAAAGAUUGGAAAAUUUUCAAUGUACUACAGCAGGUCAGUUUAUAGAUGAAAAAACAUAAUUAACAUUGACUUAUUGGCUGGCAUAAUAAGAAAUAACAUUAGGCAUUGUCCCAUUGGAUUACAUAAAAACUAUAUAUAUAUUUUGAGUCUUGUGUGUCCUGCUUCCUUUUCAAAACCGCCCUAACCCCAAUUCCACAGUUUAUAUUAACAGUACUGAGUGGAAAAAAAAGAUUGUCAUGCGUGACAUGUGAAAGGAAUCAAGUUUAAUUUUCUUUAGGGGAGGGGACUAUUACAUUAAGCAAUGGAUAUGGUGUAGGACCGUCUGUUGAGCUAUUUUUUAAAGGCCGACAGUUAGGGUGUUGGACUAUCUGUAGGUCUAUUGUUUUAAGUCCGGCAGGCAGGGUGUCGUACUGUCUGUAGGCCUAUUUCUCAAAAUACCCGGACCCAGUGUAAAAUACUGCGCCUGGUUAAGCCCUAGUAAGAAAUAAUACCAUGAGGCAUUGACCCAUUGAAGAAUAUUUACAAGAAACUAGCCCAUAAACCCACCGUUGCCCGGGAUUGCAUUCGGAAAAACAACUUCUACUUACUUUUAAUUAACAUUGAAAUUAACCGCCAUGUAAAAAAACACCACCACCCCUAUAUCCUGAUCCCAGUGGUUUCAUGAUUCUUGUGGGUCCUGUUUGCCAUUAGGACCUUGUUUCCUCGUAGGAUCCCAAUACAGUGGGAUCCCUACUUGUGGGAUCCCAAUGAUAUCCUGAUCCCGUUUGGACCAUAAUCCCGGUGUGAUUUUGAUACUGGUGUGAUCCCGAUCCCAGUGGUUUCCUGAACUCGACAGGUUCCCAAGCCUGGUGGGUCCCAUUUCCCAUUGGGAUCCUGAUUACCGGUGGGAUCCCGUUUUCAGGUGGAAUCCUCUUCUCUGAUGGGCUCCUGUUUGCUGAUAGGAUCCCUAUUUUAUCGUGUUACUCAAUGGGAUAGCGUUACCAGGGUGGGGGGGGGUGGUGGGGGGGGGGGGGGGGGGGGUUCUAGUUUACUCAUUCCCCUUUAGGAUCCUGUUCCUCGUUGGGAUAAUGUUCCCAGUGGGAUUUGUUCUCAGUAGGAUUAUGUUUAAAGAAAAUCCCCAUAAAAGUAUAGAAAUGAAAGAACUAAACUAACAUCUCAAUAAGCUUUUAGAUCCCACAUAUAUCCCCGUAGAACAAUAUUGAACUUUCUGGAACAUUGUAGAUUAAAAUUAAUAUGCUCAUCGAAAUGUGUAAAGAAUGACUUUUCUAAGAAAUUAUUAUUUUGUAUAUGAAAAAUUAUACAACUAAAUGCACUACUAUAGCUAAAGUCAAUUUAAGUUGAAAGUUCCAUAAUGUACCGAAUUAGUUUUGCCUGAGAUAGGGAACCCUAUAAAAAUCAGUCAGAUAAAUUUAUGGAGUUAAAAUUUAUCUUUUAAAAAUUCUCUUUAAAAUGCCAUAGAUUUAGCUUUUUAAAACUAUUGAACUUUCUGGAAAAUUCUAGAUUGGAUAUUCUUAGUUUUAAAUCCACCCAUAUUUUAAAAUGGACUAGGAAUGUCAUAGGCCUAGAUCCAUCAGUGCACAUAAAACCUAUAGUGUUUUCUAAGCCUAUUCAUAUUUAUAUAGCUUAUAUAAGGAAAAAUGAAAUGGGGCCAUGGGAAAAAACGAAUUUGGGGCCCCCUGCCCCAAACGGAAUGUUAUAAAAAGUUCAUAACCUCUUAAGAAAUACCUUUCGGAUAAUGAUAGAUGUAUGUGCCAAGUUUGGUCAAGAUCCACCCAUUCAUGUAAAAAUGUAAAUGGUACAAACGAACAAACAAAUUUUCACUUUUAUGUAUAUACCGUAUAUGAUUUAACACCAUACAACUACUAUAAAAUUUAUGUGUUGAUAGCAAAUCAGCCAAGUAGUUAAAAUUUGAAAUUCUAUUGUGCAUAUCCCAAGUGGUAAAUCUACACAGUGACUUUAAACUUAUAGUUGCAUGCUUGAGAGGUGUAUUAGGAACUGCAGUCACUUUUUUAAAUUGCGCAUUUGUUGCACCCCUGUGGCUUCUUGGCUAAGCUGGUGCCUCUAGAGAUUCAUGAGCUUUUUGACAUGUAUGAUUUGUCAAAUGUUUAUUUUUGCCAGCAAAACAAGAAAAUAUUUAACUUUAUAUCUAUAUAUAAAUAACUAUUUAAUUUUCUUAUUUAUUAAAAAAAGAAAUUGGAUGCUUUUUUAAAAGCCGCUCAUAAAACGUAAUGAAACAUUACAUUGUUUAAUACAUUUAGCAUUACAGUAUAGUAGAUAGAAUGUAAAGUAUUUAAGAAAAACCCAUCACAAAUUGAAUGUAUCUCUAACUUUUUAUGAUAUGCAGGUUUUGUACAGCAACUAUGCAUUUAUAGAGCCUUUUGAAUUUGACUUUCAUAUCUAAAUGCUGGAAUGUUUAUAUAUAACUUUUCAUGGAUAAAUCAGAGUGCAUCUCAAGUGGGUGCCCUUGACCUAGGCUACCAGCCAGGUGUGCAAGCUGUAAAGACAGUGAAGCCUCAGGUGCUGUUCAUGCUUGGAGCUGAUGCCGCCUCAUUCAAAAGACAAGAUCUUUGCUACAAUGCUACUAUUAUUUAUAUAGGUAAAAAAAUAUAAACAAUGGAAGAUAUACAUUUUUAAAAUUUAUCUGGUUUUUCACGCUGCUUGAACUAAUAUUUAUAGUAUUCUUGUAAAAAUGGGCAAGUGACCUUAAUACAUACAUUUCUAACAUCUAGAGCGCAUAGUUAGUUAAAAGGUCAUCUAGCAAAGUAAUUGGUUAAAAAAACAGAUUAAUCUGCAAAACAGCCGAUUAGGGCAAUGACCUAUUGUCUGCUGAGUAAUCUGUGCAACUCUAGGCAUGAUGGAUCUGUGCAAUUCAAGGCACAAAGGAUAGGUGCAACUCUAGCCAUGAUGGAUCUGUGCAAUAUCUAAUUUUAAUUAAUUUUAAAAUAUACGAAAUGUCCAUACGAUUAAAUUCCAGUUUAUUGUCACAAGGAUAUAGUAUAUUAUACAUUAUUGUAUUUGCAGCAUCAUGCUGUUCAUCAGCUCUUUCACCCUCCUACCUGCAAACCUUUAUAUUGCUAUCCAGCAAUGUUGCCUUAAAUAAAUGAAGAAAAAAAAUAGAAUAAAGAAUUGAUAGGUUUCCCAAUGCUUUGCCUGCCUUCCUAGUAAAGUUUGCCAGCCUUGGUGUUAUUUGUAUACAGAUUUAAAAGACAUUUGCAAAAGGUCAUUAUUAGAGAUGUCACAAUAACUGUUAUUUGGUGUGUCUAGGACACCAUGGAGACUACGGUGCGCAGAUGGCUGACAUUGUUCUCCCUGCUGCAGCAUACACAGAGAAAGAUGCCAUAUAUGUUAACACAGAGGGACGUGUUCAAAUUGGUAGACAAGCUGUGAGCCCACCUGGAGUGGCAAGGCAUGACUGGAAAAUAAUAAGGGCUCUUUCUGAGGUAAUGCAUAAUCCAGUUUUUGUUUUUCAAUUUGAUGUCUACAUCAUUACUAAUAAAGAUCGUUGAGAAAACAAAUCUCUGUUAUGACUAUUGUGUAGUUACUGAGUUAAGUUGUAGCUUUAAUUUGAACAAAAGAUUUAAUGUUUAAAAAUAAAAUUCUUUAUGCGUUACCAGGCUCAUGUUAGAAAUAUCACAUGCAUUAAAACUGAACCAUAACAGAAAGACUUAGAAAGGGAUUUAAACUAAUAACUUUUACCAAAUCUGAAUGUCAGUUUAUUUAUAAAACUGUCUUUGUUUGUGAAAAUGCAGCUAGGAGAACUCAAAAUUGUGAAAAUUUAUAAUUAAUUUUUGAAAUCAUUAUUUUGACAAUAACUUCAAAUUUAAGUUAUAAAUUGCAUGAAUUAUUUCAGAUUUUGGGUGUGACGUUACCAUAUGAUAAGAUAGGAGAUGUCCGAUCAAGACUUGCUGAGAUUUCUCCAUCAUUUAAUUACCCAGGACAAGUCAGUGAUUCUGGCUUUGAAACCCAGGCGUACAAAUUACAGAGUGUAAGUUAAAAUCUGAAAUUAAAUAUAAAUGAUAACUUACAUUUUAACAAUUAAAUCAUUAUUAGAAUAAUAUACGGAAAAAGAAUAUAUAAUGAAAUCUAAACUGUGUAUUAUGCUCAGAAUUUUGUUACUUUUACAUGUUAAAUUUAUAAGCUAAGAGCUUAUUUUUAAAAGAGCACCUAUCUAAAAUUAGUUGCUGAUUGUUGUGUGGUAUCUUCUUCAUCAACCUGCUUUAUUUAAGACUGAUUCAUGGUUAGACAAGAUUUGGUCUGGUUUAUGGCGAUAGUGAGAACUUGGCUAAAAUGAGGAAAGGGAAUCCAUUGGGGGAAAUGAACUAAGAGGAAAUUGUUUGUGCAUUUGUGAAUGAAAAAAGUCCAUCAAAGAACUAGAGGUCUAAUCAAGGUGCACUUUAUUUCCUUAAAAAGCAUCUGAUACAAUUUAUUUCAACUUUAGCUUCACUUGGGGCAAAAAUUUAUCGUUGUGUGAAAGGAUGAAAGUCAUGGUUGAACCGGUUAUUUUAAAUAUUGCUUCUACGAAUGCAUUCAAAUACAGAUUUUGUUAAAACUGUGAAAUUUAAACAAAUUAACUUUAUUUAUUUUUUUUUCAUCAAAUAGGAAUUGAAGCCCAAAGUAGCUGAGCCAUGUCCGAAUCCCAUUGUUCCCAACAAGUUGAAAUUACGAGACUUUUUUAUGACGGACCCAAUCUCUAGAGCUUCACUCACUAUGGCGAAAUGUAUUCAGGCAUGUGAUGAAUCAGAGAAGAAUCCAUACUCAAAAAGAGAAGCUGUAUAAGGUUGUAAAUGGAUACAUGCUUUAGAAUUAAAAUAAAUACAUUAAGAUGAUAUAGUGUAGGUGUGUGUGAUAUUGGGAAGUGUUGAUAUCAGUCUUGACUUUAAAAAAUAAUAAAAUUUGUACAUUAGGAACAUUACUUUUCACGUUUUUGAACUAUUAAACAUGUUUGUUUAGCUUGAAAGUAAACGAUUAUUUUUAGAAAUUAUUUUAACUAACUUAUUACUCCCUAAAAAUUUUGUUAACUUUCAAAGCCCAGUAUUUAUUUUGUGUAAAUUGGUAAGUGCAUAGUAUAAAAGAUGUCCAAUCUCAUUGAGAAUUCGUUAACCUACCCCACCAGAUCUGCUUGGUAGAGGGAGGAAACUGUUGAAAGUUGAGAAUGAUGAUUACAGUGACCUUCUUAUUUAUCUAUCAAAACUAGCCAAGAAGGAAGUAAAUCACACAGAAAUAAAAGUGCUUUGUUACAGAUGUGCUUGUUCUAAUUUGGCUCAAGUGUUUUUUUAUUUUUUUUAUAACUUUAGACCCACAAGCUUUUUGUUGAUUAUAUUUCUGGGAAAAGAUGGACUUAAUAGAUUUUCAAUAAAUUUUAUUAAAUUAAAUGAUAGGAAAAAUGUUGUAUGUAUUACGUCUUUUGUAAUUUGUAUGUGAAUGUCGUUGUCUCAAAUUUCUAAAGUUAUAAUGUAUGUAAAUAAUGUCAAUCUUCAUCAGUAAAAAAAAAAGUAUUUCUCUAAGGAUGUUUUCUUUAUUCUAGAAUUGAUAAAUCUUUAGAAGCUUAAAAUGAUAAUGAAUGUAUCAACAAAGGUGCACUCAUGAUUCUGAAAAUUAAAUAAUUGAAUUUUGAAUAAAAUAAAUUAUGUUUAUCAAGUACUGUC